AUGAAUUGUUUAGAUAAUAUUUUAUUGCAGUUAAAAGAUGAUUUAUGUUCACUUUAUUCGUGUCUUCUCGUUAAUCGAGAUUGGUGUCGACUCGUUAUUCCAUUAUUAUGGAGCCAACCUUUUGAAUUGGCCAAGGAAACAUCAUCGCAUAACAUAGUGAGGACGUAUAUAUCAUGCUUACCAAAAGAAUCCAAAAAACGAUUUAGGAUUGGAGGUAUCAAAUUACCCGACUUUACGACGACAUUAUUUGAUUACCCAACAUUUUUACAAAAGUUUGAUACACAAAAAUUUUGUCAAGCCCUAAAUAGAUGUUUGCAACAAAAUUCACCACAAUAUUUCUAUGCGACUAAAUCAAGAAAUAAAUUCAAUCAAAUGAUUAGAAAACAAAUUAAAUUAUUUAAAGGAUUUUACAUCAUAAACCCAAAGAAUAAUCUUGAUAAAGCUAUAAAUAAAUGCUUUAAACCAUUAUUAAAAAAGUAUUAUUCAACAAAUCCGAGUCCUUGCAUGGCGAAAGAAAUCUUAUACUUGUUAUUUAAUGAAUGUGAUUCCCUGAAAUAUUUGAUUAUUAAUAGUUGUUUGGACAAUAAAUACAAAAUGGAUAUAAGGUUACAUUUAUUCACUCAAGGACAUCAUAAUUCAUUUCAAAAGCUUCAUACCUUUGAUAUUGAUUUUGUUAAGAGAUUAAGGUAUAAUAGGGAUUGGAAAAGGGAAGAUACCCUUUUAAUCGAACUCUUAAAUAAAAUGUCACAAUUUGCCAUUCACUUGAAAGAGAUUAGAAUCGAAAUACCGAGGGAUUUACGGAAUCCUUGGGAAGAACAACAUUUAACGUCAAAGUUUCACCGUAGUUUAUGUAAAUUAAUCGAAUCUCAAAAAAGUCUUUAUAGGUUUACAUCGAAUUAUUAUUGGGAUCAAUCAGAAAUUUCCUUGUACAAGUCAUUAACAAGUCAAUCCCAUUCUUUAUCACAUUUAACCCUCAUGGAAUUAAUACACUCGGAUUAUUAUCUUAGAGAUGGUUUGGCCUCGUGGAAAAAUCUAGGAACGUUAGAACUAUUGGGUGGGUCAGACUUCCUCACCCCAUCAAACAUUGAAUUGGAUCAAUUGUCAAUCAUCAAUUUAUUCGUUGGUCAUAAUUAUGAACCUGAUCCAUUAAUACCGAAAAUCCUUAAAGCGACUAAUAUUAAUCUAAGAAAGCUCAUUUUAGAUGGAAGUUCAAAUCCAAGAAUUUUUGAUUCAAUUAAGACAUCAUGUUCACAGAUAACUCAUUUGUCAAUUUCAUUUUUAUUAGAUAAUUAUAAUUAUAUCAUCUCUUUACUUUCCAAUUUACUUUCCGAUUUACAUCAAUUAAAAUAUUUAAAACUAUCAAGUAGAGAAAUUAAUGACACUUCCAUCAUAUUUGAAUCUUUAUUAAAAUUAUCAAAAUCAUUACCUUUAUAUUUACAACACCUUGUAUUGGAAUUUAAUAUGCAUUAUUUAAGUUUAGAUUAUUUUUUAAAACAAUGUCACCAUUUAAUUAAUUUAGACAUCAUUUAUAAUAGUAAUAAUAUAAAAGAUGAAUUAUUUUUUACUUUAAUACAAUAUAAAAAAGAUAAUAUUAAUUGCAACAAAAUUAGAUUUAUUAGUCCCUACAAUUUAGAUUUAGAUUCCUUAGAUAAUGCAUCUGAAUUUAUUACUUUUGUUCAGGAGAAAAAUUUUAACCUUAACAUUCAUGAUAUUUGUAACAGUAACAUUGUUACUGAUUCUUCGGUGUUAAACAAAAGACAUGGUCCGUUUACUCCUUGUGCAGGAAAAUACCCCAAUCAAAUGGACAUUAUACUUUCUCCAAACAUAUUAGUAUUUGGUCAAAAUGCAAUUAUUACACUUACGGGGACUAGCUCAGUAACAAUAUUUCAGGGAGCUCAGUAUGAAAUUGCAAUCGAUCGAGAUGAUAAUACAAGCAUCCUUAAUUCUUCUUUUGAUCUUUGUGCUAAUGUUGGAACUCAUUGUCCCUUACCGGUUGGAAAUGUUGUGCUCAGAGUAUCAUUUCCGAUGCCACUUGCUUCUCCAGAAGUUCAAGAUGGAAAGAAUCAUUUGUAUUCCAUGGCUUUUUCAAGUAAUUAUUUCUUAUUUAUUUGA